CGCGAGGAUGCAGGCUUAAAUCGCAGCACACAACGGCGAAACCCGAUCAGCGAUCCCUAGUCGUCACUGCCGUUUGAUUUCUCCUCCUCCCCCGCUUCCAGAAGCUUCGCCGGCUCCGCCAUGCGUUCCGCCGUCGUCGCGGCGCUCCUCCUAGUGGCAGCGGUCGCCUCCCCGGCCGCCGCACUCUACUCCGCCGGCUCCCCCGUCCUCCAGCUCAACCCCAACAACUUCAAAUCGAAGGUGCUGAACUCGAACGGCGUGGUGCUGGUUGAGUUCUUCGCGCCGUGGUGCGGGCACUGCAAGCAGCUGGCGCCCGCCUGGGAGAAGGCUGCCGGCGUGCUCAAGGGCGUCGCCACGGUCGCAGCGCUAGAUGCCGAUGCGCACCAGGCGCUCGCGCAGGAAUAUGGAAUCAGGGGAUUUCCCACUAUUAAGGUGUUUUCCCCUGGUAAACCUCCAGUCGAUUAUCAAGGAGCAAGAGAUGUAAAGCCAAUCGUAGAGUUUGCUCUGUCACAGGUUAAGUCCCUUCUUAGAGAAAGGUUGAGUGGUAAGGCAUCAGCAGGGUCAAAUGGCAAGACAUCUGGAGGUUCAAGUGAGAAAAGUGAACCAAGUGCAUCAGUAGAAUUAAAUUCACGUAACUUCGAUGAACUCGUUGUCAAAAGCAAGGACCUUUGGAUUGUGGAAUUCUUUGCGCCAUGGUGUGGGCACUGCAAGAAAUUGGCACCUGAAUGGAAAAAGGCUGCAAAGAACUUGAAGGGACAAGUGAAGCUAGGCCAUGUUGAUUGUGAUGCUGAAAAGUCCUUGAUGAGCAAGUACAAGGUGGAAGGUUUUCCAACUAUUUUGGUAUUUGGUGCUGAUAAGGAGAGCCCAUUCCUCUACCAGGGGGCUAGAGUUUCAUCUGCCAUUGAGUCCUUUGCAUUGGAGCAGUUGGAAGCCAACUCUGGCCCAGCUGAAGUUUCUGAGUUGACUGGACCGGAUGUCAUGGAAGAGAAGUGUGCUUCUGCUGCCAUUUGUUUUGUAUCAUUCCUUCCAGACAUCCUUGAUUCAAAGGCAGAAGGAAGAAACAAGUACCUUGAGCUUCUGCUCUCUGUUGCUGAAAAGUUUAAAAAGAGUCCAUACAGUUUUGUCUGGACAGCUGCUGGCAAGCAAGCGAAUCUUGAGAACCAGGUUGGAGUGGGCGGUUACGGCUAUCCAGCCAUGGUAGCUCUCAACGUGAAAAAAGGUGCAUACACUCCACUCCGUAGUGCCUUCCAGCGCGACGAAAUCAUCGAGUUUGUGAAGGAAGCAGGGCGCGGUGGAAAGGGAAAUCUUCCUCUGAACGGUGCACCUACAGUAGUCACGUCCGAGCCGUGGGACGGCAAAGAUGGAGAGGUUAUUGAAGAGGAUGAAUUCUCCCUUGACGAGCUCAUGGGCGACAGCUCCUCAGUAAACGAUGAGUUGUGAUUCUGAUGAUUCUGGAACUGAUCUGCGUUUCGAUUAGCCAGACUGUAAAUUUGAGGAACUCUGAUGUUUUAAGAACUCAUUCCUUUAGUGGGGUGAUUUUUCAGGUUUCGGGUGCUAGAAUGGUUUAAAAUUAAAGAGAACUGAUGUGAUAGGCAACUCUCUUUUUUUACGUUUUAUUUUUUGGUCCCUGAAAUAAAAGUUAGUUUAGACAUAUCGGUUGCUU